UUCUACAUCCCAGUUUGUUAACAACAGAAUUUCUAGCUACAAAUACAUACAUGAGCUUCUUUGCCUCCUGAAACCUGGUUGCCACUUUACCAUUCAAGGUCUGUUGUAGCGUUGUAACAGUACACCACUGGCUCAUUCAGUUUGCUCAACAGUCUCCUUGGAGACAGACCUUCAUUUACCUCUGUCUUCUUUCAUUCUUCUGUUUUCAUUUGUCAUGUUGUGUCCUAAUUGUGGAAGCAGGAUCAACAAAGCCAUAAUUGUGAGUGCUGAAAUAGAUUGCAUGUGAGUCGUUUUGAAGUUUAAUGAUGAGCCUUUCUUAAUGAAGAUUUUCUAAGUUGAACUGUUAGAAUUGUAUUUAUCAGGUUUUAUAUUGAAUCAGAUUUUAAUAUUUAAUAUUAAGAAAACAUUGGAAGUUACUUGAUACUUCUAAAGGUACGUUUUCUAUGUAAUUUAGUUGGUUAUUUGGACUAAAGUGGGGGACAUUUUAUAAUUCAGAAAAGAGUAUAGAAAACAGUAACUAUUGAUUUACUGUAGUGUGGUUUAAGACAAGUAAUAUACUGCCUUACCAAGAAAUUGGAGAAUGUAAGUGAAUUAAAAAAGCCUUAAAUAUGCUAGUUAAUAGUUGUCUGCAAAUAUUAAGCAAUAGUUGUGGGAAACGGAAGGAUCUUCACAAGGGGUGCCCUUGCAACUGGCUCAGUGGUUGCAUUGACCAACUUGUCCAAUUUCCUUGGUGUUUCAGGACUGGCAAUGCUCAUAGAAAACUACAAGCAAGUCACGUAGCCCGCAGACACGUAUAAAGUAUUGUGACAUGUAGAGGUCGCGUUAAUGCUAAAUUCUGCGUACUAGACACAAAAUAAAUCCAUUGGACGGAAAAAUAUUUUGUCUUGCGUUCACUGGACGUACAGAAUGGAAAGGGACGCAGGCAUGCAUAUUCGUGGUAAUCUAUAUCACUGCAGCAAUGACCGUAAAAUGCUUGUUUAAAAAAAUAAAUAAAAAUGUUCUACAAUAUAACAGCAUUGAUUAAGGUACACUCCAGUCCUGUAGAUGGCAGCAAUCAAGCCUCAUAUUUGGCUUUGCCAGCAAUAUUAAGGAUAUUUAAUUUUAGGCCCUGUCCACACUACAUAACCGAUCUCGAGAACUGUACUCAAAAAUGUUUGAAUUAAUCCAGCUCAAACUUUAGUGUCCACACUGAAGUACAGUUUCAUGUUUAGUUGGGCGUAAUGUGUACAAAUAUCUAAUGCUAUUAGAAUAAUUUGGUUACAGUUCUUAGCAGCGCAAUGAACAGUGGAAAUUAAAACGAUAGUAUCCCACCAUGCACUGUAUUUUAUUUUUAAAUAAUGUGUUCUGCCCCAUAUUAACAGAGGUCCAUAUUGCUAAGAAAUAAAACAAGUAUUUUGGAAAAAGUAAAUGCGAACACACACACAAGUAGGUCUUGAAGUUUUCAGGUUUUAUUUUUAGUCAGGUGACAAAUUUAGCUGAUUCUGUUUCAUAAUUAAACUCUGUUAAUUGCGAAACCAGUCUUUGCUUUUACCUUCCUAUCUAGCCUGAGCCUAAUUCUGGUCCCUUUAAUUUUAUUUCAAACAGAACGUUCAAUUGUUAAGGAAGGCAGAAUAACACUAGCACUGGAGAUUUUGAAGAAAGACGGUAAAUGAAUGUGGCAAGGAGUCAAUAAAAUGGCAGUGAACACACUAUUGUUGGGCACGUUUCCUUCUUUUAACUAAAUAAGGCAAAGUUCCAUCUCUUUUAAUGGAUGUACAAUUGUCAAUUUCUUGCCAUGACAUGACAAGCUGCCUUGUUUGUUUUGAAUUAAUUAUUUAGUUAUAUUGUAUUUGUGUCUUUUAUAGCGAAUGUUACAUGCUGAUGUCACUUAAUGACUUGCAGAAUUAAAUAAUGCGUGGUUUUAAGUUGCUGAUUGAAUUGAUUAUAAAAACUUGUAUCUGCAAUUCUGUAAGUUGUGUGUUGUUUACAGUGCUAAUGUUGCUUUUUUUAAUUGAUGGGGGUAUAUUUUACACAGUGACUGCAGUCUGUUAUUUGAAUGCAUUAAAAUGCUCUCAGUGGAGGUAUAUAUGAAAUCAGCUGAACAAAAUACAUUCACUUUUUAGUGUGUUAGCCAUUGAAUGUGGGGUGGUAAUAACUAUUUAGUGAUUUGUGCCUCACCUAUCAAAAAAGUCACAAGCCUCCACUGGUGCAGUAUCCAGUGAAACCCUGCAACAUGCAGUGAUACGUACUUGGAAAUGGGAUUUACUUGGACCGGUAACGAGGAGGAGCCGUGACCGCUGCGUGUUGUGUGCUACGAGAUGUUGUCGAAUGAAACUUUGAAGCUAGCUAAUCUUCGGUGGCACUUAGAAACGACUCAAAAAACAAUUCAUGAACCCAUUCGUGAACGUUCACAGUGAAAUGCACAUGAACUUGACAGCAAAGGAGUAAGACAGUCUAACAGACUUUCAUGUGACAGCUCUUUAAAAUUAGUCUCCAUGCAACGAAAUCUGACUGGCAUCUGGUUACACGUUCGCCACCACAUACUCUUGUGAAAGUGGAUUUUCUGCGCUUGUUGCCAUUCAGGCUGUGACAACGCAGAAAAAGCACCAGCAAUCAUUAGGAUCUUGGAUUAACAUACGAACCAAGAAGAUGGUGUCUUUGAGCAAGGUUCUGCUUGCUUGAGAGAACAAAUAGCAGGCUGUGAUGAACAUGCCACUUCAUCAAAUCUCUGUCAUUCCACGGGAUGUGAACUCAUCACAAGGCUCAAGUGGGAAACCCAAAGAAAAAGACAGAGAGAAGCAGAAUGAGAAGCCACUGGGGCAUUCUGCAAGCCGGUCGAGUAACAUCUCAAAGGCUGGAAGCCCAACUUCAGUUAGCGCUCCUUGCAGCUUCUCACGAACCUCGGUCACCCCUUCAAACCAGGACAUUUGCAGUUCCAAAGCACAUGUUGCAAAACAGGGUGUACAGAAUCCUGUGCAGACAGUCGUUGUCUUGAAGAGUUCUAAUAGCAAUAGCUCUGUCGCUCAAGGGGUCGCCCAGACAACAGUCUACCAAGAAAAGAAGAAGAAUUUAUUUGGACAUGAUUGGGUGCAUCUACUGAAGCCCUCCAUGAAUGUCAAGUCAUACGGAGCUCUGAAAUUUUCCAAAUCCCUCAACGAUGUAGGCCAGAAGAUGGAUAGCCUUUACAGUGGUUUAAACUUCAUUGAUAGGACAUGCUCAGAAGGGAAAUUAGCACCGGUUGAAGAGAACUGCUCAGGAAUAAAUCACUUUCAGACCAAUAACAUAACACACAACGGGAAACCUCAUCAUUAUAAUCUUCCCUUCUCUUAUCAUGUUCCGAUGUUUUCCACCAACUACAAGUGUAUCUCAGGGGUGGGAGAGGACCAUUGUACCAUCCACAUACCUACUCACGAAGGGAGGCAAACAAACGAGCUACAGAAAGGCACACACCUGUUCCGCUUUCUCUUGUCCUUUCCCCGUUCCUCGACCGCUGGGAGCCUUCACAAGCUGUCUGAACUGGAGAGCUAUGCCACCCGCAUGCACAUCGCAAAGUCCUCCAGCUCUUUGAUGGGCGGCAACGUGUCGUACUGCACCGAUGACAUUGGAGAUGAUGAAGUGUUUGAAGACAACAGCCGGUCGAACUUCAAAGCAGAUGAGCAGCGGACCCCGCUCUGCUCGCAGGAGGAGGUUUGCGAUCUUGACUGCUGUUCCUCUCCGGUGUCAGAGAAAAUGGUCCCACUGUCUCCGUAUUCAACUUCAGGGGAUGUGUGCAGGAUUUGUCACUGUGAAGGAGACGAGGAAAGCCAGCUGAUUACACCCUGCCACUGUACGGGGAGCCUUCGAUUCGUACACCAGGCCUGCCUGCAACAGUGGAUCAAGAGCUCAGACACACGCUGCUGUGAGCUGUGCAAGUACCAGUUCAUUAUGGAGACCAAAUUAAAGCCACUACGGAAAUGGGAGAAGCUCCAGAUGACAUCCAGUGAGAGACGGAAGAUAAUGUGCUCCGUGACAUUCCAUGUCAUCGCUAUUACCUGUGUGGUGUGGUCCCUAUAUGUUCUCAUUGACAGAACAGCAGAGGAGAUUAAACAAGGUCAGACAAGUGCCAGGAGAAUACCAGGUAUUUUGGAAUGGCCCUUUUGGACUAAACUGGUCGUUGUGGCAAUUGGUUUCACAGGAGGACUGGUGUUUAUGUACGUCCAGUGUAAAGUGUACGUCCAGUUAUGGAAGAGACUAAAGGCUUAUAAUAGAGUAAUAUAUGUGCAGAACCGCCCAGAGACUAGCAAAAAGAUUGUUCUUGAGAAACAUGCACUAAUGGAGCCAAACUUUGAAAACAAAGAAGCCCUGGCACCACCUCAUUCGGAUACAAACUCUUCUUAUACAGAGACAGAGGACUACAGCAUGGAGAUUUUACAUGUUUGAUUUGUUCAGGGGUAUCCUCCUUCCCCCAAAGAACCACCACGUCUUUCUCCAUGUGCAUUCUGUCCCUCACAGUCAUCUAGUAAACUACGAAGGGGUUCUAUCUAUAGAAAACAUCGGCCCUUGACUACUGCUACUACUGCUACUACUGCCACUAACUACUGAUCUCUGAACUGAGUUUCCUCACUAGUGAAAUGAGUCACGAAGCAUACAAGCACUUUUUCAAUGUCCUUGUUUUGUAACUGCUUCAAAAGCUUGAAGAAAAAGUUCAGUUUCAAAAUAUCAAUUUUAUACCAUGACUUUUGUAAUCCCAAUAUACAGAUCGAGGAAGAUGUGAAGAGCAGAAUGAGGAGCAAUUCCACAUAGAAAAUAUCAUUCCAUUUUUUUUAGACUUGCCUGAAGCAGAAUGUUGACUCAGGUGCAAUCCAAGCAAACGCUGUUAUUAAUUAGUCAGGAGGCCAAAAAUUGCUUGAAAUGUAAACUAGAUACCCUCCUUUUUUUUACAAAUAUUGAUGCUUAGAAUAUCUCCAUUCCUAGUGUCUUAGAGUUCAAGUUAAAACUUAUUUUCAGCACACUACUUUUGAUUCCUUUCAUUAUCUAUUGCACUGUUUAGCUUAUUAGAGAAGGGCUAGAGACAUUCUAAAUGGGAGUUAUCAGCCAAUCUGAGACAGACACUUAGUGAUAUUAUAAAUAAAGAACAAAAUACCUGUACAAACAGGUCCCAUACUCCUGAAAGAAUACUUUCAUAACAGAACAUUCCAGCCACUAUUACACAUUCAAAUUCACUGCUUCACAAAAACAAAGCUGUAUGUCUUUACCAUCCAUUUGUUUUAAUAUUAAGCAGAGGGGUUCAGACUGUACUGGGAAUUUAAGAGCUGCAGUAACAUGUAUGUUAGCAGCAGGGUCUUUUUUUAAUACAUUAUUUAAACUACAAACUGCAGCCGAAUGUGAUCACAGCGAUUCUUAUUUAAAGAGAGUAGAGGUGCAGCCCAAGAGCCUCACCCAACCCAAUAUAAUGAAAUGAAAGAGAUUCAUAGGAUUUCUGUGAAAACAAUUGGAACCUCAACUUGCAUCUUUUUCUAUGAGGUGCUUCAGAACAUCCAAAGGUUCCAGACAAUUGCUUCAGCUGCAUAUUAAAGUGCAAUUACCCUGUGUUGAUCAUAUACCUGAUCUGUUUGUAUUCAUUGUGUUUUGUGUAUACAGUAGAAUAGAGCCAUGGUUUUUACAGUAGUGUUUAUUAAAAAGGUUGAAAAGGGCACUUGGGAGGGGUUAGGGCAGGUUUCUUAUUCAUUUGAAUUUACCUAACUUGAAAUUUAAUCUUUAAAAUACCACUUUCUUCUUUGUAAACAUUUUGAUUGUGAAUUUCUUCAUACAUAUUAUAAACAUAUAUAUAUAUAUAUAUAUAUAAUGAUUUGUUGGAACAUAUUUUGUGUAUCUCCCAGGAAUAGUAGUGGUUGUUUAAUUUCUUAUAUUUAUUAAUGUUCCCUUUAUGUAAGUGACACAUUUCACAGUGAUUUGUUAGCGUUAUUUAAAUCCACAUCACGCUGAGUAAUUCUCUGUAAAGUGUGGCACCACAAAAAAAAAUUGUAACUGCAUCUUUGUAAUACAGUAUUCUUGAAAUCAUGCAGGGCCAAUGAACCGAAUUGAAACUGAACAGCACUAUAAUUCUUAUACAAGAACAGAAAGUUAACAAGGUAUAUAACCUUUAAGACAGAGACAUUUAUUGUGAGUAUACAGAAAACUUUUAACAAAACCACUUAAGACUUAAAAAAAAGAAGAAAAAUACACCGCUUUAUUGGUUUCUUAGUUGUUUAUGUAUGAUUGUUGGUAAAAAAGAAAUGUUGUAAUUUAAAUGUAUAGUUUUGUAUACUUUUAUGUAUGUUUGUAUAUUUUUCUCAGUAUUAUAUCACUUCUAGCAGGUUGGCUCUUAGUUUCCUAAUGAAAUGUAAGUGAUUACAUUUGUGCUGUGGUUACACAGGGGUAUUGAUUGCAGGCAAUAAACAUGUUUAUAUAAAAAAUGAUCAAA